GGCGGUCAUUGAGAUGACACCUGAAGAGGAGCAAUUGAAAAUUGCUUCAGGUGAACUUUUUGAAAACUUCCGCUCAUCUACCAUUAUUCAGUCGAAGAAUGGUGGUUCAAAAAGAGUACGAGAAGUUGUUAACGAUGAAGAUGAGUUGAAAAAGAGUAAGAAACAGAAGUCCAAGAUUAAGAUGAAAAAGGCUAUUCGAAAUCUCCAAGAUCGAGUAGCGGUUGUUGAAGGCCAACUUAAUACUAUAAAAUCCGAUAUUGACGAAUUGAAGGGCCUGAUGUCAACCAUAUUGAAGCACAUUGGACUUCAAAGAAAGGGUGACGAAGGGGACCACAAGGUGUCCGAAGGCUUGGAGGAUGAACACAUUGAAGUUAAAAAGAAGGGUGACGAAGAUGUGUUGGAGAAGAAGGUUGAUAUUGGUUUAGAGGAGCCAAUAGAUGUCGUUGACGAUGAGGACGUCAUAGAGAUAGAACCAUUUCUCACUCAACGACCACACGUUCGGCCCGCCCGUAGGAAGCGUGCAAGUGUUUACCUAUCAACCCCAUUCACAACUCUACCUAAACGGUCUCUGACAUCAACCACCAGCACCUCUGAGUCUGAAGCAAUUGUUUAUGAUCCUAUGCACAAAAUACUUGACGUCCAUUUAGAUAGACUUCGAGAUGUGACUGUUGUAGAUGGUUUGUAUAGGGCGUGGGGUAAUGGUUAG